UCAGGUCACGUGAUCCAAGAUGGCGGCUGUCUGAUGUCAGAAAUCGGAAAAAUCACACGGAAAAUGAAGAAAUUAAAAUCUCUCGUGGCACUGAAGGACAAGCUGCAGCAGGUGGGAGAUGAAGACAGGAGUCCCACAUCACCUGACAGGCCGCUGUACAUCUACAAGGAGGAGGAGAGAGAGUUUCCCAAUGAUCCGCUGGCUGAUCAGGAGGCCAUAGACAGUAUAGAGGAGGUGUACUACAGUGAUGACUCCUGGGACCCCAGCAAACAUGAACUACAGAAGCUAAAAGAUGGUCCAGAGAAGCUGAGCCUAGAGGACAUUGACAAGGACAGGAACAGGCUACGGCGACAGCUGGCAGCGGUGUCUAAGAAGGUAUCGGAGCUUGUGCUGGAGAACCACCCGGCGUACGCACAGGAACUGCAGCGGGUCAUGGACCUGGAGACUGCUCUGCAGGGCGCCAACGUCAUCUGUAUUAACGGCAGAAGACACCUGGAGAUAGCGAAGCAGGGCUUCACCACGGCCAGUCUGGGCCUGCUGGCCAAUCAGCGCAAACGCUCCCAACUCCUGGGGUUAAUGAACUCUCUCAGGACCAUCAAGACUCUGCAAAGAACAGAUGUCAGAUUGAGAGAAAUGCUAGAGGAGGAGGAUUACCCCGGAGCUAUCCAGCUGUGUCUGGAGUGUCAGAAGGCAGCCAGUAUCUUCAGACACUACAGCUGUAUCAGUGACCUCAGCUCCAAACUGCAGGACACGCUCGAGAUGAUAGAGGAACAACUGGAUGUCGCUCUGUCCAAGACCUGUAACAGUUUUGAUGCUGCUCACUAUGAGAAAGUGCAGACGGCAUACAGACUACUGGGGAAAACUCAGACUGCGAUGGACCAGUUACACAUGCACUAUGCCAGCGCUAUCCACAACACAGCCUUCCAGAUAGUGCUGGGGUAUGUGGAACUGUGCUCGGGGACUGGGGACACCAACUUCCAGAAAAUGCAAUACAAAGACUUAUGUACUCACAUCAUCACAGAGAGCUACAUCCCCUGUCUGAUGGACCUGUGCAAGGCAUUGUGGGGCGUGAUGAACAGCUACCACAAGACCAUGCAGUGGCACGAGCUGCACGACUCCACCAAUCAGGAGGCAGCAGAAGCAGAUGCCACCAGUUCCAUUAACAUAGAAGCCACCUUUAACCAGAGAUAUGUGAAACAGAAGCUGGAGCAUGGGCUGGCUCGCAUUUGGCAGGAUGUACAACAGAAAGUGAAGCUGUAUCUGCUGGGCACGGACCUCUCUGUCUUCAAGUUUGACGACUUCCUCCAUGUUCUUGACCUUGUCAACAAGUUGAUGCUGAUUGGUGAAGAGUUCUGCAACAGUAAGUCGGAAGGUCUGCAGGACUCAAUAAGAAAGCAGAGCAUCAACUACUUCAAGAACUACCACCGCUCGAGAAUGGACGAGCUGAGGAUGUUCCUGGAGAAUGAAGCCUGGGAACUCUGUCCUGUCAAGUCCAACUUCACCAUCCUUAAUCUCCAGGAGUUUAAGUUCCUGCGUCGGUCAGGGCUGGUGAAGUUGAAGCUGUCGUCCACCAUGUCCAGUCCUCAGAGCUCACCUGCCAAGCUGGCCGACACCAGGGACAGGCCAGCCGACACCAGGGACGCUCCGCAGGGCUUCUUCAUCCGGUACGGGAACCAUGGAAACCCGUUUGAUGUGCACCAGGAUGAGGACGAUGGGGAAGACGUCAUGGCGACCAAUGGGUAUGAUGAUGAGGAGAAAGAACAGAAUGCCUAUGCUGAUGAUGACAGUGAUGAUAGUGAUGUACCAGAGGAGCUGAAACAAGACUUUGUGGAUGAGAAAACUGGGGAGGCUCCUGUCAGAAGAGAUUCCAAGAAGAAGUAUGACAAGAGCCGGAAGUUUAACAAUGCUCCGAUCCUGACCAACACCACACUGAAUGUGCUCCGGCUUUUUGGCAAGUACAUGCAAAUGAUGAAUGUACUCAAGCCAAUUGCCUUUGACGUGGUCAUCUGUAUGUCCCAACUGUUUGACUACUACCUCUUCUCUGUGUACUCCUUCUUUGCAACAGACUUGGACAUGAGUGCUGCUGCUGACUGGGGUUUGAGUAACAAACUGAAAACAACAUUAAAAAGAAUCAAUGACAACCUCAUUCUACCUGAGGUAUACUUUUUUUAUGUUUCUCCUGUCCAGGACAAGGUGCCGUUCCCCCACGUGUCUCCUGUAGUGGACCUGACGGGGAAUCAGAACCUGUAUGGACUGGCUGAGAGGGUCGUCGCUACAGAGUCUCUAGUGUUCCUAGCAGAGCAGUUUGAGUUCCUGCAGCCCCAACUGGAGUCUGUCAUUCCUCCUGCUAAGAAGGCAUUUCUGCAGCAAUUCUACUCUCAGACCAUCAGUACAGCAUCGGAGCUGCGUAGACCGGUGUACCGUGUUGUUGCAGCCAAGUCGGUUGUCUAUGACCACAUCCUUCAGCUGAUGGCCAACGUGAAGUGGGACAUCAAAGACAUCAUGUCUCAACACAGCUCAUAUGUGGAUGUGCUACUUAGGGAAUUACAAGUUUUCAGCAAUAAACUGGACCAAGUUGGAAGACAUGUACCGAUCCCCCAGCCUGUGUAUAAUGUCCUGUGGGAACACUGCAUCCGACUGGCCAACAGGACUUUUGUGGAGGGUUUUGCGAGUGCGAAGAAGUGCAGUAACGAGGGGCGAGCUCUGAUGCAGCUGGACUUCCAACAGUUCCUCAUGAAGCUGGAGAAACUCACAGAUCUCAGACCCAUUCCUGACCGUGAGUUUGUGGAGGUGUAUGUCAAAGCCUACUAUCUGACAGACGCAGACAUGGAGAGAUGGAUCAGGGACCACCGGGAAUAUUCCACCAAACAGUUGACAGGACUGGUCACGUGUGGAGUCGGAUCACAUAUCAACAAGAAGGCCAGACAACGACUCCUGGCCACUAUCGAAGACAUGGAAAAGCUCAAGAGAUGAUGCAGCGUAAAAACUGCCACCUAGCAGUUCAGCUAUGAAGUGCAGUAGGGUGUGUAGGUUUAGACCAUGCAUUCAGCAAUGCAAUAUAGAGCUAUAGAGCUGAUGUAAGAUGUAGUCACUGUCUAUUGAAGUAAUAUAUACAUAAGAGGCAUGGAAUUGUGUAAAAAUUGUCAAGAUUUUGCACAGCAAAAUUUCACAUUGGGCUCAUCUAUAAAGAACCUUUUUGUUUUCAAAAUGACAGGAAGGAUUGGAAGCACCAAAUUUGACCCAUUGCACUUUUCGUGGCGAAUGGCCCCAACAUCUAAAAAUAUUGCAAAAAUAAGAAAUAUCACGACUACAGAGAUUUCUGUGAUAACAACAGAAAAAAAGCAAGCAAAUUGUAUGUAUAUAUGUAUAUGUAGGCAUAACAGCAUGGCAUUUGAAGUUUAUUUGCAAAAGGAAGAAAAAGAAAAAUCAGGAAGUACAAUACAUUUGUACCAAGAUGUACCAAGUUCUAAUGAAGGCUAACAAUGCAAUAUAUAUAAAAGCUAAAUGUGUUUGAUUCUGUUGCUGUUGCAAUGUUCUGGUUCGUUUUGAUGAUAAUUACCAUGAUAAUUGAUAUAUGCUAUUGGCUUUUGUGCACUUGUGUUUUUUGCAGGGGUCCAAUGAAGCCCUUUCAUAGUAUCCAGUUUUUGAUCAUACUCAAUACUAUACAAUAAGUACAGUGAAAACCCCCUGCAACCCUGCACUAUAUGUACAUGUUAUAGAAUUUAGUGAAGACACAAUAGGUCCAAGGACAUUCAGUAGAAUCUCACAAGGAGUCUUCUGAAGAUUACAGAAAAGCAAUUUCAAAACCCUCGUGCCAAAUAAUAAGGAGUGAGCGUUUUUUGGAAGCAUUUUGCAGAAAUAUGGUUGCGCUUAACAAGUCAUUGAAUUUGUUGCCUCACUGUCUGUAAUCCUUUAAGUAUACCCCAAAUUGAACACCAUUUAAUGUAGUUAUGGUAUUGCUGCUUCCAAAGAUAUCCUCAAAGGCAGCCACAAAGGAAUCUUUGCCUUUAUCUGUAUAGCUGGUAUAAUUGCUUUGUGCAAUAACACACCAGCUUCUGUAUCUGUAUAGCCGGUAUAACCACCCUACAGUGGAACACACCAGCUUCUAUAUCUGUAUAGCCGGUAUAACUGCCAGUAUAGCCAGCUGACACAUUAAUAAACUCACGAUGUU